CGAUCGUACGGUCAUCCAAUCACCAUCGUUUAUAUAAACAUGUUCCUUUUUUUUUCAAUUAAUGAAUAUCGGUUCUAUUUGAAGUAUUCUAAGCGAGCGAUCGAUAGAUCGAAGGAAAGCCCUAGAGUGUGAUUGUUGUUUGUGUUGGAGCGUUCCAUGGCUUCGAAGAGGAUUUUGAAGGAAUUGAAGGACUUGCAGAAGGAUCCGCCAACUUCGUGCAGUGCUGGCCCUGUGGCUGAGGAUAUGUUCCACUGGCAAGCAACUAUUAUGGGUCCUGCUGAUAGCCCCUUUGCAGGUGGUGUAUUUCUUGUUAGCAUUCAUUUUCCACCUGAUUACCCAUUUAAACCUCCCAAGGUAUGGUUCAUAUUAGGUCUCCUUCGAACCAAGGUUUUUCAUCCAAAUAUCAACAGUAAUGGAAGUAUCUGCUUGGACAUUCUGAAGGAGCAAUGGAGUCCUGCCCUGACUAUAUCCAAGGUUCUGUUAUCAAUUUGCUCACUCUUGACGGAUCCGAACCCGGAUGAUCCCCUUGUUCCUGAGAUUGCUCAUAUGUAUAAGACUGAUAGAGCUAAGUAUGAGUCGACUGCUCGCUCCUGGACUCAGAAGUAUGCCAUGGGAUAAGAAAGGCCCCUUGUUAGUCAUGAGAGUAAAGAAAAGAAAUUGAAAAGAAUGUUUCUCUCUAUUUAUCAUCAUUAUCUAUAUAUAUUAGAGGCAUAUAUAGGGUAUAAUUGUCAACAUUGCCUUCUGCAAUGUUAAGUCUAUUGUGUUUAUAUUGUGUUUUGUUUUCCUUGUCUGGGAGCACAUGUUUUUAGGUGCUUUUUUAAUUGUUCAAAUAUAUAUAUAUAUAUAUAUAUAUGGGAUAUGAAUAGGCCUGGUGAUUCAUGUGGUGAAAAUCAUUGCUAUGCGGACAUAUUUAUUCAUGGAAACAGCCUGCUUAUAUUAAACCGUCAAAAUAAUAUAUGAUUUUAGUACUGGUUUCUUUAAUCAAAGCAGAUGUAGGAGGGUUAUAAUUAUUUUA